AUGGGGAAGAGAUGGAGAUGGGGUAUCAUUCUGGACGCCGGUUCCUCUGGAACGCGUUUACAUAUAUAUCGGUGGCUAGAUCCUGCAAAAGCACUCAGGGAAGCAUCCUAUCAAGAAUUACAUAGUUUGCCGAAUAUCGUAACCAAAGAUAAAUGGACAAAAAAGAUUAGACCAGGAAUCUCAACCUUUGGCGACCAUCCAGAAGACGUCGGACCUGAUCACCUGCAAGACCUAGUCGAACGGGCACUGGACGUUAUCCCCGUCGAUAAACAUGCUGAUACCCCGAUAUUCCUCAUGGCCACCGCUGGCAUGCGAUUAUUACCUCCUACUCAACAAAGAGCGGUCAUAACCGAGACUUGCUCGUAUUUCCGCGCCAACACGCGAUUCUCUCUUCCCGACUGCGAUACGCACAUUCAGGUCAUUCCCGGCGAGACUGAAGGUCUAUAUGGAUGGAUAGCGGCCAAUUAUCUUCUGGGAGGUUUCGACGAUCCUGAUGGGCAUGCUCAUGGAAAGAAUCACCAUACUUAUGGUUUCCUAGACAUGGGUGGCGCUUCGGCGCAGAUUGCUUUUGCGCCCAAUGCCACUGUAGCCGAAGAUCACGGGAACGAUCUUAAGUUGCUGCGAAUGCGAAGCUUAAAUGGCGAGCCCAAGGAAUACAAGGUGUUUACAUCAACAUGGCUUGGCUUUGGAGUCAACCAGGCGCGCCAGCGCUACGUCAAAGCCUUGGUCGACGAAUUUUUAAUCGAUGGGGAGCACGAGGUACCUGACCCUUGUCUACCAAGAGGAUUGCGAACCAACGAAAAGGGUGAGGUCAUCAGGGGGAAUUCAAAAGAGCUGGAAUUAGUUGGUACAGGUGGAUUCGAUGAGUGUUUGCGGAGAACGAAGCCGCUAUUGGGUAAAGACAUGCCAUGCGAAGACAAGCCAUGCUUAUUUAACGGCCAACACGUCCCGCCCAUUGAUUUCGAUGUCAACCACUUCGUUGGAGUUUCUGAAUACUGGCAUACCACACACGGCGUAUUCGGAAGUAAAGACGAUGAUACGGCCUACGAUUUCAAUACAUAUGAGAAGAAGGUAUUGGAAUUUUGCAGUCAGCGUUGGGAAGAAAUCGAGUCGAAUAUCGAAGCGCGAAAGAAAGAUCACGGAAAGGAAGCCCAAGAAGCCUGCUUCAAGGCAUCCUGGCUUAUCAGUGUAUUGCACGAGGGUAUCGGCAUACCGAGAUAUGGCAUAGAAAAUACACCAACUCCAGGGAUUAACGUCACGAAAGGAAUCGGAGAGGCUGCUAAGGAGAAGGGAUUUUUACACCCCUUCCAAGCCGCUGACGAAGUUAACAACAUCGAGAUCAGCUGGACGCUAGGAAAGAUGGUGCUCUACGCGGCCGGCCAAAUUCCACCCAAGGACAACUAUCGUCACCCUGUGGGAUUCGGGAGCAACGUAAAAGGUAUCCCUUCAGACUUCCAAUACGCUGGAUCCAGUUUUAAUGUGUCCUCGGCAAUCGAUGAUGAGGAUGAUUGGGGCGAUACGGCGGAAGAUCUGAUAGACCAUGCGAAAUCAAAGUCGACAUCUGGGCUCUUCUUCUUCCUACUGAUCUUCUUAUUUAUCGCUUUUCUACUUCGAAAGCGAGAUAGGCGGAUGCGGCUUUAUGGUAAAGUUAACAAGGUACUACGCCGCCGACGCCGCCCGGGCAGCCCUCGAAAGCUUAGCCUCGGUCUCUCGGCUAUCUCACACAAACUAUUUGGUCGUGGAUCAUAUAACUAUGAAAGGGUUCUGGAAGAAGGUGACGCCAACCAGUUCGAACUAGGCGAAGCUUCGUCGGAUGAAGGCGAUAAUUCCGAUAGUAGCGGGGGGGCAUCAAGGGUCGGUCGAUCGUCAGGCCUGGCUACCCCGAAACUAAAUGUCGAAUCUUUUGACGACAUCAAAAAGCACUCACAUCCUGGAAGUGCGCUUGAUCGGUCCGGGUUGGUAGUAAGAACAGAAAGUCGCGAGAGACUGUUUCCACAAAUGUUAACAGCUGGACGGAGGAGUCGAGCGGGCAGUCCCACGAGGCUUAAGAGCCCCUUAAUGAGCCCCUUGACGGAGGAUUAA